AUGCCCUCCUCGCCGCUCGGCUUCGCUCUCCUGCUGCUGGCGGCUGCGGGAAGGUCGCUCCCGGUGAGGCGGAGUUCAGAUGGGUCCCUCUCUGAGGUUGUGCAGAAAUGGAAGGAGUAUCAGCUCCAGUGCCAGAAAUACUUGUAUGAGACACCCCCCAUUGUGGCAGAAGGCAAGUUCUGCAACAGAACUUUUGAUGACUAUGCCUGCUGGCCAGAUGGACUGCCUGGCACCUACGUGAAUGUCAGCUGCCCCUGGUAUCUUCCCUGGGCUAAUGCAGUGCUGCAUGGGCAGGUGUACCGCUUCUGCACCUCGGAGGGGACCUGGCUGCUGAAGGAGAAUUCAACCCUGCCCUGGAGGAACCUGUCUGAGUGUGAGCCCUCUGACCAGGAUGCGCCAGAAGAACAGCUCCUGAAUUUGUCCAUCAUAUACACCAUUGGAUAUGCUCUUUCCUUCUCUGCCCUUGUAAUAGCAACUGCCAUUCUUCUUGGAUUCAGACAUCUGCAUUGCACGAGGAAUUACAUUCACCUGAACCUCUUCACCUCUUUUAUCCUCCGGGCUAUAUCUGUUUUCAUUAAAGACUCAGUGGUGAAGUGGAUGUACAGCACAGCCACACAAGAGUACCAGUGGGAAGGACUUAUAGCCUUCCAGGAAUCACUCAGCUGCCGUUUGGUCUUUGUGAUGAUGCAGUAUUGUGUGGCUGCAAACUACUACUGGCUGCUGGUGGAAGGCAUGUACCUGUACACACUGCUGGUACUUUCCGUCUUCUCUGAGCAGAGGAUUUUCCGCCUCUAUCUCUGCAUUGGCUGGGGUGUACCAAUGCUGUUUGUUAUCCUCUGGGGAACUGUCAAGUACCUUUAUGAAGAUGAGGGUUGCUGGACCAGAAACUACAACAUGAAUUACUGGCUGAUCAUCAGACUGCCCAUUCUCAUUGCUAUCGGGGUGAAUUUCCUCAUCUUCAUCAGAGUUAUAUGUAUCAUCAUCUCCAAACUGCAGGCUAAUUUGAUGUGCAAAACUGACAUAAAAUGCAGGUUGGCCAAGUCCACGCUGACUCUGAUCCCACUGCUGGGGACCCAUGAGGUCAUUUUUGCCUUUAUUACUGACGAGCAUGCCAGAGGGAUGCUGCGCUUUGUGAAGCUUUUUACUGAGCUCUCCUUUGCUUCGUUCCAGGGGCUGAUGGUUGCAAUUCUUUACUGUUUCAUCAAUAAUGAGGUUCAGAUGGAGUUUCGGAAAAGCUGGGAGCGCUGGAGAUUGGAACACUUGUAUGUCCAGAGAGACAGCAGUAUGAAACCUCUGAAGUGUCCGGCCAACAGCAUCAGCAGUGGGGGCACAGUAGGCAGCAGUGUCUAUGCUGCCACUUGUCAGGCCACAUUCAGCUGAGAUUUCUGCAGGUGAAUCAGACU